UAGCUGACGUCAUUAAUGACGUAAUAGUAAACCGUUUCAAUGGUUGUCCGACAUGAAAGUAGCACUGCUCUUUACCGUGGCUGCACUUGAAGCAACCGGAAUAGUGGAUCAACAUGGCGGCUAAAGGAACAACAGUAAAAGAUGCACUGGCCAAAUGGGAGGAGAAGACCGGGGAGAAGUGCGCUGAGGCCACGGUGGUCAAGUUGUACAAUCAGAUCCCCCCCAUCGAGAAGCUGGACAACACUCUCAACAAAAUACCCAAAUGCGAAGUUGCGUUGGUGUGCAGGAGCUGUGUGACCUUCUUGAAUUGUACCUCAGGUGGAAGGAAGUGGAGACUGUGUUCUGGAUGUGGAUGUGUGGUGGUUUGCCAGGUGACGGAGGCUGUGGCUGAGAGACCCACACACACACCCAGCAGGAGAGCAGGGGUGUGCCACACUGGUCGGCUGUGUGGACAGCAGCUGGAGGGCAUACAGUCCAGACUGACUACAGUGCAGAAAGUACUGAAGACAGCCAGAGGGGACACUGAAGACCGAGGAGAGAGACUGGCUGGUUCCGGUGACAUGCCUCACCACCCGCCACCAUCACUCGGCCUCUCUCAGACGUACCGAGCCAGACUGCAGGCGGGGCCUCCAGUGGAGCAGGGUGGGCAAGUGUGGGUGUGUCAGGUGUGGGAGGAGAGGGAGAGAUGUCUGCUGGAGAGGAGGAACACUCUGAGGAGGACCAACAGGCUGCAGCUGCAGGACAUGAUGGAGGAUCUGGUGGUGUUAGCACCUUCAACAUCACCUUUGAUGUCCUGCUAAAUAACUCACACUGUUCACCUUCUUUUUAGCUACAACUUGUUACUGGUCACUUCUCAACAAGCCACUUUCUCAAAUGGUAUUUUGUUGCAUUGUGAUAUUAGGUACAUACUGAAAUAUCAAUUCUCAAAUGUACAAAUAUUGAUGCUUUAGUUCAGGGGUGUCCAAACAUUUUCCAAAAAGGCCUUCAAACUGAAAGUAAAUGUCU